AUGCACGUUUUCUCUCAACCUCACUACUUACCUGUUAUGCGAAGAGAGUUCGAUACGUUGGAAAUAGUUAUAAGAUCGAGUACAGGACAAAAAAUACCAUUCCAGUUUGGAACCGUGUCUGGAUCAGGAGUUGGAGUAAUUUAUAAGGGUUCACCAUAUCAACGCGGUCAUGGUAUUGGGAGCUUCUUAGGGGGGUUAUUCAGAUCAGUUUUACCUUUACUUUCAAGUGGUGCUCGAGUGAUUGGUAAGGAGGCAUUAAGCGCUGGAGUAGGACUUUUAUCAGAUAUGGUUCAAGCCCGUCCUAUGGAAGCCUCAAUAAAAGAUCGUCUAAAGCAAUCAGAAUUGGAUUUGUUUGCACUACCGUCUACACAAACUAGCAUUGAAAAUGGAUUGUGGAUUCAUUAUAAACCAAUUUCAUCUCUUGGUGAUGAUGGACCUAUCGAGUUUCAAGUUCCUGGGACCGGCGAUGACUACAUAGAUUUGUCUCAUACAUUACUCCACAUAAAGGCAAAAGUAUUAAAUCAAGAUUCAACUAACUUGGUAUCUACUACAAUAGUAGCACCUGUAAAUAAUUGGCUGCAUUCACUUUUUAGUCAACUUGAUGUUUAUUUAAACCAAAAACUUGUAUCACCACCUAAUAAUACCUAUGCAUAUCGAGCAUACAUGGAAACCCUUUUAAACUAUGCCCCUGCUGCUAAACAAUCUCAUCUUACUUGUAGUCUUUGGUAUGAGGAUACAGCAGGAAAAAUGGAUUCUACAGAUGGUAAAAACAUAGGAUUUGUUAAAAGACAGGAAUUGAUUAGUGAAAGUAAGGAAAUAGAAAUGAUUGGUCAUCUUCACGGUGACAUUUUUAACCAAGAUAAAUUUUUAAUUAAUGGUGUUGAAAUGAGUGUUAAAUUGGUUCGAUCAAGAGAGAGUUUUAAUUUAAUUGUUGGAUCAAACGAUGUAAAGUUUAAAGUUUGUAUUACGGACGCAACUCUUAUUGUUCGACGACCACGAAUUAAUCCAAGUGUAUUACUCGCACAUCAAAAAGUUUUAGCUUCUACCACUGCUAAAUAUCCUAUUACUCGAGCUGAAGUAAAAGUUUUAACAAUUCCUUCGGGUGUUCAAGGAAAAACUCUUGAUAAUAUAUUUUUAGGACAGGUACCGAAAAGAUGUAUAAUUGGAUUUGUGAACAAUUCUGCAUUUAAUGGUUCCCUUACUAAAAAUCCAUUUAACUUUGAAAACUAUGGUAUUAAUUCUUUCAGCUUAUAUAUUGAUGGUCAACAAAUACCUUCAAAAGCUUUGCAACCAUCUUUUAAUAAUAGCAUAUUUACAUCAGCAUAUCAUACUCUAUUCUCGGGAACUGGUAUUCACUUUCGUAAUGAAGGAAAUGGAAUCUCUUGUGAACAGUAUGGCAAAGGUUACUGUCUAUUAGCAUUUGACUUAACUCCUGAUUUAUCAGCUAACUCAUCAACUCAUUGGAAUCUCAUAAAGCAUGGUAGUGUAAGAAUAGAAGUACGAUUUGAAUCCUCAUUAAUACAAACAAUUAACUGUAUAGUUUAUGCUGAGUUUGAUAAUAUUAUUGAGAUAGAUAAAAACAGAAAUGUUACUGUAGACUAUAGUAGUUAA